AUGGCUCCCUCAAAUGGGCCUCGGAAUGGCAAGCAAGCGAAACCAUCUAAUCGAUCCGGAAACUUGAAGCGCAAGCGAGUCCAGGGGGACCUCUCAUCGCUCGUCAAGCGAGUCGAAGAGCUCGACUUGAAAGGAAAAUACGAAUCGUUCUCCGAUCUGCCCAUAUCAGAGCCGACCCUGUCCGGCCUCACUUCGUCGCACUUCAAGACUCUGACGGACAUCCAGUCUCGCGCGAUCAGCCAUGCGAUCAAAGGUCGAGACGUUCUCGGUGCCGCAAAGACGGGAAGCGGAAAGACACUGGCAUUCUUGGUUCCCGUUCUCGAGAACCUAUAUCGGAGACAAUGGGCGGAACACGAUGGUCUUGGUGCGCUGAUUAUCUCGCCGACGCGCGAACUGGCGAUUCAGAUUUUCGAGGUUCUCCGCAAAAUCGGUCGGUAUCAUGCGUUUUCGGCGGGUCUGGUUAUUGGAGGGAAGAGUUUGAAGGAGGAACAGGAGAGGUUGGGACGAAUGAAUAUCCUCGUGUGUACACCCGGACGAAUGCUGCAGCACUUGGAUCAGACGGCUUUCUUUGAGACGCACAACCUCCAAAUGUUGGUGUUGGACGAGGCGGAUCGGAUUCUGGACAUGGGUUUUCAGAAGACCGUUGACGCCAUAAUCGGACACUUGCCGCCGGAGCGCCAGACGCUUUUGUUCAGUGCGACACAGACGAAGAAGGUUUCCGACCUGGCUCGACUGAGUCUGCAAGACCCCGAGUAUGUGGCCGUUCACGAGGCUGCGUCUUCUGCGACGCCGUCGAAGCUUCAGCAGCACUACGUCGUCACACCUCUUCCCCAGAAACUUGAUACGCUGUGGAGUUUUAUCCGGAGUAAUCUGAAGUCAAAAACCAUCGUAUUCAUGUCAUCUGGAAAGCAGGUCCGCUUUGUCUACGAAUCCUUCCGACAUAUGCAGCCCGGUAUUCCUUUACUUCAUCUCCACGGUCGCCAGAAGCAGGGUGGACGACUCGAUAUCACAACUAGAUUCUCGCAAGCGCAGCAUGCCGUUUUAUUCUCGACUGAUGUUUCCGCUCGAGGGUUGGAUUUCCCGGCUGUCGACUGGGUGAUUCAGCUGGACUGCCCCGAAGACGCAGACACAUACAUCCACCGUGUCGGACGAACGGCGCGAUACGAACGCGAUGGCCGAGCAGUGCUAUUCGUUGAUCCAAGCGAAGAGAAGGGAAUGCUACGACGUCUUGAGCAGAAGAAGGUUACGCUGGAGAAGAUCAACGUCAAAGCAAAUAAACAGCAAAGCAUCAAAAACCAGUUACAAAACAUGUGCUUCAAGGAUCCCGAGCUCAAGUAUCUCGGACAGAAAGCAUUCAUUUCCUACGUCAAGUCUGUCUACGUCCAAAAGGACAAGGAGACGUUCAACCUGAAGGAGCUCAAGCUGGAUGAUUUCGCCGCGAGUCUCGGGCUUCCUGGAGCGCCUCGAAUCAAGUUCAUCAAGGGAGACGAUACCAAGGAACGCAAGAACGCCCCUCGCGGCACAGCGUACCUGUCUAGCGGCGACGAAGACUCCGAUGAGGAGGGCGAGAAGAAGAAACAACCCAAGGAGAAGGAAGUGCGAACCAAGUACGACCGCAUGUUCGAACGACGAAACCAAGACGUGCUGGCGGAGCACUACUCUAAGCUCAUCAACGAUGACGGCACGAUAGCCGACAGCAAGAACACCGAAGAAGCAGACGAAGACGAGGACUUCCUUUCCGUCAAACGCCGCUUCGAGGCGGGAGACGAAGCUCUCGAUGCCGAAGGCAGCUCCGAAUCCGACUCCGAUGUCUCAGACUCAGAGGCUGAAGGAGAAGACGACAAGAAAGACCCCAAGGUCGUUAAAAUCAGCGACAAAGACACCCUGGUCGUCGACUCCAAACGCCGCGAGAAACUGCUCAAGUCCAAGAAGAAGCUGCUUAAGUUCAAGGGCAAGGGUACGAAGCUGGUCUACGACGAUGAAGGAAACGCACACGAGCUCUACGAGAUGGAAGACGAAGAGGCGUUCAAGGCCCGCGGCGACGCACAGGAGCAGCAGGCCCGGUUCUUGGCUGAGGAGGCUGCACGCACCCAGCGCGCGGACAUGGAGGACAAGGUCGUUGCUAAGCAGAAGAAGCGCGAGAAGAAGGAGAAGCGGAAGCAACGGGAGCGAGAGCUGCUGGCGGAGGAGGAGCAAGAGGAGCGUGUUGCGCAGCUUGUUCCGUUUGACGAAGACCAGGACAUGGAUGGUGGGUACUCGCAGUCGGAGGAGGAACAGGAGGUCCCCCGGCCGAGCAAGAGGGCGAAGGUGCAAGAGCCCGAGGCGGUGCCUUGGUACAAGCAGGAGAAGAAGAAGAAGGAUUCCGGGGAGAAGCAGAUCCAGACGCUGGAGGAUCUGGAGUCGUUGGCUACGGGGUUGUUGGGGUAG